AUGGACACUGUACGAACACGAGCGUCUUCCGACGAAAAGGCAGGUGCUGAAGAAAAGUAUGCGGCGGACGUCGCGGGCGUGCUGCCGGUGGGUGUAGACCCUCGCGACUUGUACGAUGAGGACGACUCUGGUGUUGACCCAGUGUAUCAAGCGAAGGCAAAGAUUCUCAACGACGCGUUUCAGGAGAUCGGAAUGGGCAGAUACCAGUGGUGGCUCUUCUUGAUCACAGGAUUCGGUUGGUUCGCCGACAACCUCUACCCUAUCGUAACGGGGCUGAUUCUCACCGCCGUAUCGAACGAAUUCAACUUCCCUAGCCCAUACUUGAAGCUUGGACAGAGUCUGGGUCUGCUCGUUGGAUGUGUAUUCUGGGGCGUGGCUUCGGACGUGUGGGGACGACGAUGGUGCUUCAACUUUACGCUCCUCAUCACGGGUGUAUUCUCGGUGGCAGCUGGGGCCUCCCCGAAUAAAGUCGCCUUGUGCGGCAUGGCCGCUGCAUGGAGUGUCGGGGUUGGCGGUAAUCUGCCCGUCGAUUCUGCCGUCUUCCUAGAAUUCAUUCCUGCGUCACAUCAAUAUCUCCUCACAGUUCUCUCCAUCUGGUGGGCCGUCGGGCAGCUCGUCGGCAGUCUCGUCGCCUGGCCGCUCCUCACCGACUUCUCAUGCGCCUCUGCGGCCGACUGUCCGCGGAGCUCCAACAUGGGCUGGCGGUACUUCCUCUACAGCAUGGGCGGGCUGAUGCUCCUCUGCUGGUUCCUCCGCUUCAUCUUCCACCUGCACGAGAGUCCGAAGUACCUGAUGGGGCGAGGACGCGACGCCGAGGCUGUCAAGAUCAUGCAGGCGAUCGCUGAAUACAACGGUCGGACGUGUAGUGUGACUCUGGAGAAGCUCGAACUUGUGGGGAAAUUGGCCGAAAGAGGCGGUGCCAAAGGGGCUAUGGACACGAGCGCGAAGGGCGCCAUACUGAGAAAGCUGAAGAUGAUGAGUGGAGAGCAUGUGCGAAGUCUAUUUGCGACGAAGAAGCUGGCUUUGUCGACGAGUUUGUUGAUCGCUAUCUGGGCUCUUAUUGGGCUUGCCUUCCCAUUAUAUAACGGCUUCAUCGUCUACUUCUUGGCAACGCGAGGCACUGACUUCGGAGAUGGCUCGCUGUACAUCACAUAUCGCAAUCAAGUAAUCCUGAGCGCGGUAGGGAUGCCGGGUGCCCUCCUCGCAGGGUGGAUGGUUGAACUGCCAUACCUAGGCCGCAGAGGAACCAUGGGUAUCUCAACCGUUAUCACAGGUGUCUUCCUCUUCGCGGCGACCACGGCGCGUACAUCCAAUGCAUUGCUAGCUUGGAAUAGUGCCUACACAUUCACGAGUAACGUGAUGUACGGCGUGUUAUACGCCGUUUCACCGGAGCUGUUCCCCACACGCGACCGGGGAACAGGAAACGCAAUCGUCGCCGCGGCAAAUCGGAUCACGGGUGUCAUGGCACCGAUCGUCGCCUUGUACGCAAACCUCGCAACUUCGGUUCCAAUAUACGUGGCUGGUGCGAUGUUCAUUGCGGCGGGCAUACUAUCAUUCCUCCUCCCGUAUGACCCGAGAGGAAAGGCCUCAAUAUAG